GUCAAAAAUUGUAGGUUAAAAUAAUAAAAAUUUAGAUAAAAUUAAUGAUACGUUAGCAAAAAUGGAACUCCUGUGCUCCGUGCAAAAUUACGAUUGGGGUAAAAUCGGUUUAGAAAGUAAAGUAGCCCUAUUAAGCAGAGGCAACGACAGUAAAUUCGAAAUAUGCGACAAGACUCCUUAUGCCGAACUGUGGAUGGGAACUCACGUAAACGGCCCUUCUAUUAUCAAAGAAACCGGACAACAUUUGAGUGCUUAUUUGGAAGAAAACGUGGAGGCUUUAGGACGCAAAACGGCCGAAACGUUCCACGAUCAACUACCUUUCCUACUAAAAGUUCUAUCAAUCAACAAAGCCCUUUCGAUACAAAUCCACCCGUCGAAAGAUAAAGCCGAAGAACUGCACGAUAAAUUCCCUGAAAUUUACAAAGACGCCAAUCACAAGCCGGAACUCGCCAUAGCCCUGACGCCGUUCGAAGCACUUUGCGGAUUUCGACCAGUCCAAGAAAUCAAAUACUUCCUAACAAACAUACCCGAACUACAACAAAUCAUAACUUGCAAAGACGAAGAAGACGAGGCGACGUUCCUUCGAGAAGCUUUCAGAUCAGUAGUAAUGAGUAAUAAAGAGCAAACGAUGAACACUUACAACGCCAUCCAAGAGCGUUUUAAAGAAGUGGGCUACGAGAAAAGCAGAAAACUAUUAGCCGAUGUAAUAGAACGUUUAAACAACGACUUCCCCAACGACAACGGUAUUCUAAUGGUGUACCUUUUGAACUACAUUAAAAUGAACCCGUCCGAAUCGAUUUUCUUGGGAGCCAACGAGGUGCAUGCUUACUUGUAUGGCGACUGCGUAGAAAUAAUGGCCUCGUCCGAUAAUGUGGUUCGAGCGGGCCUGACCAGCAAAUUCGUCGACGUAGAUACCCUUUGUUCUAUGGUGAAUUACAAAGGAGAAAAUCAGGAAGCUAAAAUAUUCAAACCGUUCAUCGAGGACCAAUACACUCGACUGUACAAUCCGCCCAUACGCGAUUUUUGCAUAGCGGAAUUUUCCCUACCCAAGUCCCUAAAGAACUAUGAAUUGGCCAAACGAAGCAGCGCUAGUAUUUUGAUAGUAAUAUCAGGAAUAGGGAAGACUGAACACAAGGAAUUGAAACCGGGCGUAGUCUUGUUUAUACCAUCCAACGAAGUCAUUACUAUAGUAUCCGUUGAAGAGCAUUUAAGUUUGUUCCAAGGAUUUGCUAAUGUAUCAUAAAUUCUAGCUUGACAAGAAAGUUUUAGUUUGAAUAAAUAAGCUUUAAAUUAA